AUGUUCCGCACCACCUUCACCAGAUCCUCCACGCGUCUCCGCCUUUGUACUCCCUCUGCCCGUCCUUUCUGCCUCUCAACCCCCAACCGCGUAGCCCAGUACCCCAACGACCUCAGCACAAAUUCAAAAACCAAAACGGACCUCUACGACAGUGAUACACCGCAUGCAGUCCAGGAUAAAGUCCGGCAGGGCGAUACACACAAUGUGCACGAGAGUAAUGCGAAAGCAGGCAUGGACAGCGCGCACAAGGAGGGUAAAGGUGGUCAUGCGACCGAGCGGAAAGAUUCGGCGGGAGGAAAGGAGACGGCUAAGAAGGAGUUUCCUGAAGCACCGGAUCCGGCGAUUGGAAUGCAGGAUGAGAGGGGUGGACGGGGUGGUUGA